AUGAACUCCAAGACUAUCUUCGCCUUAUUCUGCCUCUUCGCAGUUUCUCUUGCUCUUGCAGGAAACACUAAUAUUAACUGCUAACAAGGUGGUGCAUGUAAUGAUGCAGGUUGUGGUAAAUCUGGUGCCGCCACUGAUAACUGGUUACAAGUUGGUAAUUUGUGUGUUAUUAAAGAUUGUUCUUCAUUGACUGCUACUGGUGCUACUGUUUCUGACAAUGCUUGUGCCUCUUGCAACACCGGCUUAAACCCCGCUAACGUUAUUGCUAAUGCUAAUAAAACUGCCUGCUAAGCUAAGAGCAGUGCUAAGCUUCUUAUCGCUUCUGCUGCAGUGAUUGUUGCUUUAUUAUUCUGA